UAAUGGUGAGGUGUCUCACGCCGUGAAGCCGCAAAGUGUGAGAAACGAAGCCGAGAAAGCCGGACAGUGAAGCUCAGCAGCGGUAGAAAGCGACAGAAACGGAGAUCUAUAGGAGAACAUGCCGAAUGCAGUUUGUUCUCAUUGUGGUUGUAGCGAGAUCGACUACGAUCCGGCCCGAGGCGAUGCCGUGUGUACGAAAUGUGGUUCUGUGCUGGACGAUCAGAUCAUCGUCUCCGAAGUCCAGUUCGCCGAACAUGCCGGGGGAGGUUCCAGCAUCAUCGGGCAGUUUGUGUCUUCCGACGAGUCCCGCAGCCACUCCAUGGGAGGAAAUUUCCACGUGGGAGUCGGCAAGGAGUCGAGGGCGAUCACUUUGGAAAACGGCCGACGCAAAAUCCAGCAAUUGGGUGCACAGCUCCACAUGAACCAACACUGCAUGGACACAGCCGUGAACUUCUUCAAGAUGGCAGUGGUGAAGAGGCUGACACGCGGACGGAAAUCGCUACACGUUAUCGCAGCGUGUUUGUAUUUGGUGUGUCGGACAGAGGGUACGCCACACAUGUUGCUCGACUUCAGCGACGUCCUGCAGACCAACGUGUAUGUCCUGGGCAAAGUCUACAACCAGCUGGCACGUGAGUUAUGUAUUGUGGCCCCUGCCAUUGAUCCCUGUCUUUACAUUGCACGUUUCGCACACAAACUCCAGUUGGGGGACAAGGAGCACGACGUGUCUAUGACGGCGUUACGUCUGGUGCAGCGAAUGAAGAGAGACUGGAUGCAUACUGGGCGACGACCAUCGGGUCUGUGUGGUGCGGCCCUUUUGGUUGCCUGUCGGAUUUAUGGCUUUAAUCGAACGGUGAAAAACCUGAUACAUGUAGUAAAGGUUUGUGAAUCGACUAUCCGGAAACGACUAAACGAGUUCGAAGUGACCCCUUCUAGUCAGCUGACCAUCGAGGAAUUCUCUAAGAUCGACCUUGAGCAGGAAAUGGACCCACCGUCCUUCAGUGCCGGCAGCAAAAAGCGGAAAGUGGAGCAAAACAAGCUGGACGACAAAUGUAAGUUGAAUGAAUUAACUUUCGAAGUUACUAACAUCCAGAAGGAAAUUGAAAAAGCUCUUGAAGCACGGAAACCGAGGGGCAUUUUUGCUUCCUAUUCGAAAGUAUGUGAUGACGCUGACAGCAUCGCCUCCGAAAUUAACGACAGUCUAAAUGAUCUCUGCUCAGAAAUACAGGAGUCCAUCUGUCCGGAAAAGAAGGCCAUGUUUGAAUCGGAAAAUGAGAUGCCGAGGGAGCUAGAAGACAGCGGGAGUCAAGAUGCUAUGACGAAAAACGUUGAGGAUAAGUUAUGCCAACUUGUGCUCCCUGACUUCAAAGGCCCUGCCCCAACAGCUGCAAGUCUUGGUAUUCGAGAUUGUGUGGCAGAAUGUCUCACGGAAGACUUUGAGGACGCGACUGACGGUGACGGUGAGUUGGAUUUGACCGACAUCGAUGAUGAAGAGUUGGAGAGAUUUCUGCUGAACGAGAAUGAAGUCCGCAUCAAGACGAAGAUCUGGAUGGAGGCAAACGCAGACUAUUUGAUGGAGCAGAAACUGAAGGAAGCCCACGAGGCAAAGGAGAAAGAAGAAGCGGCAUCGAAACCGGAGAAGAAAAAGAAGAAAACCUACAAACGGAAGUCCCACGUCCAAGCAAGCACAGCGGGGGAAGCAAUUCGGACAAUGUUACAGGAGAAAAAAAUAUCCAGUAAAAUUAAUUAUGAAGUUCUGAAGGACUUAUGUCAGCCGAUCGACAAACAGACCCCUGCCUCUCCAGUAUCGGCCUCACCAGCCGUCUUGACCAAGAACGACAGCAUAACGUCACUGCGGUUGAAACGGCCCGGAAGCCUGAUCAGCAGCAACGGUGAUCUAAGGAGUCAUUCGGAGGUCGAUGCUGGCCCAGUCGGUCCGCCAAGGGGCAAAAAGGUCAAGAUUUUGUCUCAGGUCACGAAUGCGGACACGGGCAAGGGCAGCGUCGAGGAAGACAACGUCGUGGUGGAGACGGGCCCCGUGCAGUACGAGAGCGGACCGGUCCAGUAUGCAGCGACAACGGCAGAAGAGGAGGAGGAGGAGGAAGAAGAGGAAGAGAUGGAGCACAUGAGCGCAGCUCAACUGUUGGGGCACGGCAGCCAAGAGGGAUACCCGGAAUACGACGACCCGUAUGAUGAAUAUGAAUGAAAAAAGAAAUUAUUGCAUGGGAUCACCAACACAAGGACUGUUUCUAGAGAACAACAGAAAUACAGGGGAGGGGACCUGUCCCCAGGCUUCUCUGUGCACUGGACUGGCCGUCCUGCAUGUCAGAAACCCCGCCAAAGUUUCUGACACUUUUCCUUCUGACCAACUCAGGACGCACAGACAUUAUACAACUGCUUGUCUCUUAUUAUUGACACAUCCUGCAUCUGGUAAUGCCAAUUAUCACUGUAAUCAUCAUCAUCAACAUCAUCGUCAUCAUCAUCAUCAUCAUCAAUAGCUUCUGGUCACUAUCUGCCAGCUUAACUAAUUAUUCUCACGCAUCAUCGUUAUCAUUCUCUUCCACACAUUAUUGCUCGCUACACACAUUUUCAUACAUGUACACACACAUCUGUUAACACUUGCGUUUCUACACAUACUCAUACACAUGCUAUCUGAUGCCUUCUACUCAUGCAAACAUUUGUGAACACGCACACAUACACAUAUCCAUUUGUAAGGUCAUAUUCAUACGCAUACACAUUUGUCAACAAGCAUACACAGAUAUACACAAACACACACACAUUUGUAAACAAGUAUACACACAUAUCCAUACCCAAACACAUGCAUUUGUAAGCAAGCAUACACAGAUAUACACACACACAUACACAUUUGUAAGCACAUAUACAUACACAUUUGUAAACAAGUGUACACACAUUCAUUCAUAAAUGCACACACACACAUUUGUAAAGAAGCAUACACACACAUAUCCAUAUUUGUGAGAGCAUUUACAAAUGAAUAUGCUCUCUCUCUCUCUCUCUCUCACACACACACACCUACCUCUGCCAAAUCUCGUUAGAAUUUGCACCUUGUUACCUUCCAACAUGACCAGCAGCACCCACACCAUCAUCACAAUCCCCAUCUUUCUAACAACAACAUUGUGUAUAAUGACUGUUGAAAUAACCCUCAUCAUCAUCGUCAUCAUCUCUUAUAUAUAUUUAUUAAUUAACAAUCACCAUCACUCACCAGCAACACUUCAGUCAUCAAUUUAUUGUAUUUAUUUAAAUUUAUUUUGUAAUAAUUCUAUUUUCAAAUUUUUAAGUUAUUAUUAUUAUUAUUAUUAUUAUUAUGAUAAACUGCCAGAGUUGUUAGAACGACGUACAAAAUACUGUUAAGCUUUGAGUUCAAAUGCUGCUUGGAUCAGCGUUGCCUUCCAUCCUUUACGGGGUCAAUAGAAUAAGUACCUGUUGAUCACCGAGGUCGAUGCAAUCAACUUAGGCCC